AUGAGCUCCCCGAUCAGUGAGAAAGGGAACAAAGGAGCCCCGACUCCGGGUGCACCGAGUGUCGAGGUCCUGCGCCAGGAGGUCCUUAACCUUAAGACGAAGCUGCGAGAUGCAGUGAAGUCACAGGAGGAUCUGCGUGAACAGCUAGUUCCAAUCGAACGGGUGAAGCUCGAAUGGAGGAACGAAAAAACGCUCCGAGAGAAGACAGAAGAGCAGGUGAGAUCGCUGGAGGCCAAGGUCCUAGGUUUGACACGAAAGUUGGAAGAUGUCAAUGGGGAACUGCAUCAGCAGAAGGCCGAAACCAGGAAGUACGAGGAUCGUUGUCUGGAAUUUGAGAAGGUGUGCGCUGAGCUGGGUCAGCAGGAGCGUGGCGCACAGGUACAACUCCUUCGUGCACAGGAGCGCGAGCAGCUUUCCCGUGUCGAUGCCUUCAACCAUACUCUUGCCAGAGCAAAAGCAGAAGAGCGGUCGGAGGAGGCUUUGGCAAAGGUUCAUAGCAGAGAGCAGCAGCUUCACGCUCUGAAGGCAGACCUGCAUGUUCUCGGAGGACACGCGGCAGAUGUGCGAGACGAGCUUUUCGAAAAGCGUGCGGCCGUCAACGGUUUGGGCAAGGAGCACGCGGCUCUCAAACGGGAGCAUGCCGAGCUGAAGAGGAAUUUCGAUGGUCAGCAAGAGGUUUUGAAGCAGGCAAUGGCAGAACUUGGGGCAUUGCAAGAGUGCAAGGCCCGGCUAGAACAGGACCUAAAGUCAGCUCGUGAGUCGAAAGAGGUUUCUGGAGUGCCCCACCCCAUGGAAGCUCUGAUAUCUCAUGUGCAGCCUGACAGACUGGAGAGAAAGUCUGCUCCGCCUUUGCAGCUUCCAGCUCCUCAUGACAGCACACUGGCUUUCCGCAGUGCUAUGGACGAUAAGGAUCUUCCGGGUUUAGCGAAGCAUUUGCAGUGGCAGAUGAGCCGACUCAAAUCGAGGCGAGACUACCCGCGUUGCGCAGCGGCCCGCCAGCUGAGAGGUAGAAUUCUUGGAGGCGAGCACGGGCGAGGACCUCUGUUCGGCGAGGAACUGGAUGAGUGCAGGGCAGAGCCUGAGUUUCAAGACGAGCUGCGGAGUCUUGUGGGAUUGCCGCGCAAUUGA